AUGGUUGCACAAUCAUCUACUAACAUCCGGGUGCAGCCGGGGAUCUGCGAAACCACCCCAGGAGUCAAGUCGUACUCGGGCUAUGUUCAUUUGCCCCCAGGAACUCUUGGAAAUGUGCAGGUGAACCAGCCUUAUCCCAUCAAUACAUUUUUUUGGUUCUUCGAGGCCCGUCAUGAUCCCAGAAAUGCGCCAUUGUCUAUCUGGAUGAACGGCGGCCCCGGGAGUUCGUCCAUGAUCGGUCUCAUGCAGGAGAACGGCCCAUGCCGCGUAAAUCCCGAUUCUAAUUCGACUGAGCCCAACCCUUGGUCGUGGAAUAACUACGUCAAUAUGCUCUACAUCGACCAGCCCAACCAGGUCGGUUUCAGCUAUGACAUCCCCACCAAUGGCACCUACGAUCAGACCGGCGCCGGCUGGGACGUGUCAAAAUGGGAGCAUGGAAUCCCUAUCCAGAACAAUACUUUCUAUGUCGGCACAACGACAAGCAACGAGCAGAGUGCUUCUGCUAACAGCACGGAAAAUGCGGCUCGGUCGCUGUGGACCUUUCUGCAGACCUGGCUAUCUGAAUUCCCAGAGUACAAACCGCAUGAUGACCGUGUGAGCAUUUGGACCGAGUCUUAUGGCGGUCGCUACGGUCCAUCCUUUACUGCAUUUUUCCAGGAGCAGAACGAGAAAAUUGAAAAGGGGACUCUCCCGGCAGCUAGCGAGUCUUACUAUAUCCAUCUGGACACGCUGGGCAUCAUUAAUGGAUGUGUCGACCUCCUUGUGCAAGAACCUUCUUAUCCAAAGAUGGCGUAUAGCAAUACGUACGGCCUGGAGACCAUCAACAAGACUGUCUACAACCAAGCCAUGCACUCCUGGGGCCGGCCUGGUGGUUGCAAAGAUCUGAUCCAGCACUGCCGGGCCUUGUCCGCUGACGGUGACCCUCAGAUGUACGGGAAUAAUGCAACUGUGAACGAGGCCUGUCAAAAGGCCAACGAGUACUGCAGCAACCAAGUGGAGGGUGCUUAUCCCAACUAUGCUGACCGGGGCUACUACGACAUUGCCCACAAAAAUCCCGAUCCGUUUCCUCCUCCAUACUUCCUCGGCUUCCUGAACCAGCACUGGGUCCAGGGCGCACUUGGUGUGCCCAUCAACUUCACCGAGUCUGUCGACAGCGUUUACUAUGGUUUCACAUCGACAGGCGACUACCCGCGCUCUGACGUCCGCGGAUACCUCGAUGAUCUUGCCUAUGUGCUGGACUCUGGCAUCAAAGUUGCGCUGGUAUAUGGCGACCGCGACUAUGCCUGUAACUGGAUCGGUGGCGAGGACGUGAGUCUCGCUGUCAACCACGCCGAGGCAGCUGCUUUCCGGGCCGCGGGAUAUACACCUCUACAUACGAAUGCCUCCUACGUGGGCGGCCAGGUACGACAGCAUGGUAAUUUCUCUUUCACUCGCGUCUACGAGGCAGGCCAUGAGGUGCCUGCGUACCAACCUGAGACAGCCUACGCGAUUUUCCAUCGUGCGCUAUUUAACAAAGACCUGGCGACGGGCAAAACCGAUACAGCGUCUCAUGGAUCGUACUCGACCCGGGGUCCGGCGUCGACGUGGCAAAUCAAAAACAAGGUACCCGAGAGCCCGGACCCGCUAUGUUACGUGCUCUCGCUCGGUUCCUCUUGCACAGCCGAUCAAAUCGCCAGUGUUGUCAAGAAUACUGCGGUGAUCAAGGAUCAUGUUGUUGUGGAUUGGUAG